AUGAAGUGCUUUUGGCGCUCGGUGGUCUUCUCCCUCGCCAUCUCCUUGGCAUGGUGUGGCAUCAAGGACCUUCACGAGCACUUCGAACAAGUGGGCGGGGAGGCCCAAUCCCUCCAUCCUCGUAGCCUUCUCAGGAACGAAAGCCUUCAGGUGACCAACCUCUCCCCCGAAUUCCAUCAAGAAAACACGGUGACCAACGACUUGAGCGUGGAAGAAGAAGAGGAGGAGGACUACCUGGACUUUGACAAACUCUUCAGAGAUGACGACGACGACUAUAUUGAUAUAAUUGACAGCAUUCCGGAUACCAUCUCUCACGUCGAGCAAGGAAACGUGCUGGAGCUCUUCCGCGGGAAGACCAGAAUCCAACGUCUCAACAUCCUCAACGCCUACUUUGGCUUCAACCUUUACCGAAGCCUUCGGGACCACGUCAACUCUUCCGACAAUAUCUUCUUGGCUCCGGUUGGCAUCUCCACCGCCAUGGCGAUGGUUUCCUUGGGACUAAGAGGUCAAACCCUGGAGGAGGUCUUGGACGUUCUAGGUUUUGAAGACUUCGUGAAUUCCAGUUCCACCUAUGACUACUUGACUUUUCACAACCUCUUCCUCAAACUCACUCAUCGGCUCUUCCGGAGAAAUUUUGGCUACACCCUCAGGUCAGUCAAUGACCUCUACAUCCAAAGGCAAUUCUCCAUCCUGAACGAGUUCAAGGACAAUAUGAAAAAGUACUAUUUUGCCGAGCCUCAGCUGGCUGACUUUUCUGACCCGACCUUCAUCACUCAAGCGAACGAGCGGAUUGUAAAGCUCACCAAAGGCUUAAUUAAAGACGCUCUCGUCAACGUGCACCCUGAUACGCUCAUGAUGAUUCUCAAUUGUUUGUACUUCAAAGGAACCUGGGAAAACAAGUUUCCGGUGGAGAUGACCCACAAGCAGACCUUUCGGCUGAACGAGAAGGAGACGGUCAAGGUCCCUAUGAUGAAGAUCAAAGCCAGCUUCCUGGCCACUGAAGACAACGAGCUGGACUGCAGGGUGUUGCAACUGCCCUACGUGGGUAACAUCAGCAUGUUGAUUGUGCUUCCCUACAAGCUGGCGGGUCUGAAGGGUCUGGAGAACCAGCUGAGCCCCCAGGUGGUGGAGAGAUGGCAGAAGAGCAUGACCAACAGAACUCGAGAAGUGGUGAUGCCCAGAUUUAAGCUGGAGAAGAACUACGACUUGAUUGAAAAUCUGAAAGCGAUGGGGAUCGGGGAGCUGUUCACCCAGCGCGGCAACUACUCGGGCAUCUCGGAGGAAAGGAUCACCAUCAAUAAGUUUAAUCAUCAAGGGACGAUUACGGUGAACGAAGAAGGGACCGAGGCUGCCUCCAUGACCACCGUGGGCUUUAUGCCCCUCUCAGCUCAGAUCCGUUUCGUCGCUGAUCACCCCUUCCUCUUCCUGAUCUACGAACAUCGUACCAGCUCCCUGCUCUUCAUGGGGAGAGUUUCUGACCCCAGCAAGCAUUAA